AUCCUCGAUCAGUUGCGGAUGGAAACUUAAACUGUCCUGUCCUUCGUUCCACUACCAGCUCCUCCAUCACUUAAUCGAAACCCUCUCACCUUGCAACAUCAUUCCACGGGCCUCCUUGACCCCUCCACAAGGUUUAUCUUAUCAGUACUCCGUUGUUAUACUUCACUUGUUUCGCUGAACACCACUUCCUACGAUCUUAUUUGCGUCCAGCAGCAAACGAAUACUGUACCCACUCCAAUUUGGGCGCAAUACAUAUCCCUUCCUCUGCACAAAAACCCCAUCACUUGACCAUGGCGACUACUCGUGAGCGCCGCGUUGCGAAGGAAUUGCAGGAUAUAUGGAAUGACCGCGAGACCUCGGGCGUCAUGGCCCAACCUAUCGACUCGAGCAAUCUGUCGCACCUCAAGGGCUCCUUCAGCGGCCCCCCGGACUCGCCCUAUGCCGGGGGUACAUACGAGGUCGACAUUCAGAUUCCGGACAAGUACCCGUUUAAGCCGCCCUCGAUGUAUCUUAUUACCAAGAUCUGGCACCCCAACGUCAGCAGCGUCACUGGCGCCAUCUGCCUCGACAUUCUUGGAACAGCAUGGUCCCCGGUCGGUACGAUCAAGACAGCGCUGCUUGCCGUACGAAUGCUUCUUGAAUCGCCAAACCCGAAGGAUCCCCAGGACGCCCAGGUGGCCAAGAUGUUGAUGGAAAACCCCAAGCUGUUCGCCCGAACGGCACACGACUGGGCCGUCAAGUAUGCCGGCGCGCCCAGGGUGGAUUCGAUUCCUCUCAAGUAUGACGAGACCGCAAAGGAAGGUUCAAGGAACGAUGCUAGCAGAUAUGCUGGAUAUAACAAGGACCUGGUGGAUCGUUUUGUCAACAUGGGAUUCGACGUAGAAAAGGUGGUGGAUGCUUUCAUCUUCGUGGGUAUUGACCGGAACGGAGGUGCCGAUUACGAACUCGAGGAAGCAUACAUGGGCGAUAUCACCGCGCGGCUCCUCGGCGAGCAGUAACAUUCAGAGAGUGAGGGCGGGCAAUGAGAGCAACAAACACGGCUAUGUAUGGUGAUGAGGAGGUGGUAUGGUUUUAACGAUCAGCAUUAUGGAAACCAUAAUGGUCUGGACUUUAAAAGCGGACAGGUAAAGCGAAGGAUGGGAACCGCAGUAGCUGAGGCCGACGUUCGACUGGUUUAAUCGGUGGU